AACCCCCCGCACCUCGGGGCGCUCGACGCCGCCGCAACCGCCCUCAUUAGCCGCGAGGACGGCGCUUGGUUUGCCGUCGCUGCUCUCGCUUUUAGGCCCCCCCUAUCAUCCUCAGGUUCCGAAGGGUGGAUCUCCAAGCGGCUGUCACUGAAAGAGUUCAAGAGGGACAAACUUAUCCCUUUACCUCGGGCAGUCGACAGGCUGUACCACGAGACGGCGAAGUGCAUCACCAUUGGCGGUGCGCAUGGCACGGUGGCUUGGGUGGACCUUUGGCGCGGCAUCUUCUUUUGCGACGUGCUCAGACAAUGCCCACAGCUCCAGGAUGUCCCGCUGCCGGAGCCGGCAAGGGCAAACUGGGAUCGCCUCCUCAGAGGUAACCCCGGCUAUUUGCGGGACGUAACUGUCAGCCGGAACAAAGACUCGAUCAAGUAUGUUGAGUUGGAAUGGUUGGAAGUCCUGUCACCAGAAGAGCUGAAUGCCACCCCUGUUUCCUUUGCUGACUGGGUGCGCAAUAGCUCAAGGAAACCCCAGCUCAAGCGUGAUGGCUGGAAGUCCACAACAUGGAACAUGGCAAUACCGGUUGGUUCGUCGGAGGGCUGGCGCUGUGACUGUGUAGUUGACGUGAAAGACAUCAACUUGGAGGCUGGUGACCCAUGUCUUUCUGAUCUCAUGGCUAUGCUGAGCAGCAAGACCACAGGAACGUGGAAGGAACUUCCGUUGGGAUAUCCCAUCCUAAGCAUGGAUGAUGAUGUCGUUUACUUGAUUUCUCAAACCAGACCCAGGAACAUGGACAAGUUGGCAAUGAUGUUUGCUGUCGAUGUGAGGAAGGCAACACUGCGAGGAUUGGCUGAGCUUGAUGUCUAG